AUGGAUGCGCCCUGGUUGAAGAUGGCCGUGUUCGGCGCAGCGUCAUUGUCAGCAGUUACAUUCAAUGCCUAUUUCGGGAUUCCAGCUGCAAUUCAUGGUACUGCGACGGGAUUGGCCACUGGACGAAACCUAACUGACAUGCCUCCGGAUGCUCCGGAACUGGCGCGAAUCUGUCGAGAGAUGUACGGAGGUCACAGAGAUGUCUAUGGAUGGAAAGUUGUAGCCGACUCAGCCAACCGAGUGGGCCUGCUCAAGGGUUCAACUUUGUUGCUGGUUUUCGAUGGCACGGAAGGUGCGGCAGACUUCGUGGAUGAUGUUCUGGUGGCCGAUCCGUUGGUCGGAGGCUGGGAUAGGUGGCUCAAACUUCAGACAGGCAAAGGCGAUGACAUUGACUUUACCAGGAAGGCAUUCAUGGAAGCUGCAAAAUUUGCAAAGAUCACGCACAUCACGAUCACUGGGCAUUCCUUGGGCGGCUUUCGGGCCUGGUUCGUCGCAAAGUGGGCGUCUGGAGAUCGGUUUUUCGAAUCUGCAGGCCAGCUACCCGAGGAAUUGAGAGACCUCCCUAUCUCUGGGCAUGUCUUCAAUCCGGCAAGCGCUCUGAGCAACUAUUUCAAGGUUGAUGCACAUAGGGACAGGCCGGAGAGCAUCAUGGCGCACGUCAUCGUAGGCGAUCUUCUCUGCACUGGCUGGACAUCCGCAUCUUCGGAGGUAAGAAAAUACAUCAGAAAGCCGGGUUAUACGCUACGCAGCAUCGAGAACUUUUGUUUUUUCCACAUGUGA